AUGACGGAGUGUACAAGCCUUCAGUUUGUCAGCCCAUUUGCUUUUGAGGCAAUGCAGAAGGUGGAUGUUGUUCGUUUGGCAUCUUUAAGUGACCCAGAAUUAAGACUUCUCCUGCCCUGCUUGGUGCGGAUGGCACUCUGUGCUCCUGCUGACCAGAGCCAAAGCUGGGCCCAGGAUAAAAAGCUCAUUCUCCGCCUUCUCUCUGGAGUGGAAGCUGUCAACUCCAUUGUUGCGUUGUUGUCUGUGGACUUCCAUGCCUUGGAACAGGAUGCCAGCAAAGAGCAGCAGCUUAGGCAUAAACUUGGAGGAGGCGCUGGAGAGAGCAUCCUGGUAUCCCAGCUUCAGCAUGGACUAACGUUAGAGUUUGAACACAGUGAUUCACCUCGUCGAUUGCGUCUUGUGCUUAGUGAGCUAUUGGCAAUUAUGAACAAGGUAUCUGAUUCCAGUGGAGAAUUUUUUAUCAAGUCAUCUGAGCUGUUCGAGAGUCCAGUCUAUUUGGAGGAAGCUGCAGAUGUACUUUGUAUUUUACAAGCAGAGCUCCCUUCCCUGCUUCCUAUAGUUGAUGUAGCUGAAGCCUUGCUACAUGUUAGAAAUGGUGCCUGGUUCUUGUGUCUGUUGGUGGCCAAUGUUCCUGACAGUUUCAAUGAAGUUUGUAGAGGCCUGAUCAAAAAUGGAGAACGACAGGAUGAAGAAAGUCUUGGAGGAAGGCGCAGGACAGACGCCUUAUGCUUCUUAUGUAAAAUGAACCCUUCACAGGCCCUCAAGGUCCGAGGCAUGGUGGUGGAAGAAUGUCACUUGCCAGGCCUUGGAGUAGCUUUGACAUUGGAUCAUACUAAAAAUGAAGUUAGUGAAGAUGGAGUGACUGACUUGGUUUGUUUUGUUAGUGGUUUGCUUCUUGGAACAAAUGCGAAAGUCCGGACUUGGUUUGGAACUUUUAUCCGAAAUGGACAACAGAGAAAAAGAGAGACCAGCAGUUCUGUCCUUUGGCAGAUGCGACGGCAGCUGCUUCUGGAGCUGACAGGCAUCCUUCCCACCGUGAGAAGCACCCGCAUCGCUGAUGAGGCUGACAUGGAGACUGAGCCCCACGUGUCUGUGUACUCGGGGCUGAAAGAAGAGCAUGUUGUGAAAGCCAGUGCGCUCUUACGUCUGUACUGUGCUCUGAUGGGCAUCGCUGGACUCAAACCAACUGAGGAAGAAGCUGAACAAUUGCUCCAAUUGAUGACAAGCCGUCCUCCUGCCACACCUGCUGGGGUUCGCUUUGUUUCACUCUCCUUCUGUAUGCUGCUGGCCUUUUCUACGCUUGUCAGUACACCUGAACAGGAGCAGCUAAUGGUAGUGUGGCUAAGUUGGAUGAUAAAAGAAGAAGCUUAUUUUGAGAGUACUUCAGGCGUUUCUGCUUCUUUUGGGGAGAUGCUGUUAUUGGUCGCUAUGUACUUUCAUAGCAAUCAACUUAGUGCUAUCAUUGACUUGGUCUGUUCCACUUUGGGGAUGAAGAUUGUAAUUAAGCCCAGCUCCUUGAGCAGGAUGAAGAAUGUCUUCACACAGGAAAUUUUUACUGAACAGGUUGUCACAGCUCAUGCAGUUCGAGUCCCUGUUACCAGCAACCUGAGUGCCAACAUUACUGGCUUUUUGCCUAUUCAUUGUAUUUACCAGCUUCUCAGGAGUCGUUCCUUUACCAAGCACAAAGUGUCAAUAAAAGACUGGAUUUAUAGACAGCUAUGUGAAACCUCCACUCCACUCCAUCCUCAAUUACUUCCUCUGAUUGACGUGUACAUAAAUUCUGUACUUACUCCUGCAUCUAAGUCUAAUCCAGAAGCCACAAAUCAGCCAGUCACAGAACAGGAGAUACUUGACAUUUUCCAAGGAGUCACUGGGAGUGACAGCACCCGCCUUAAUCAGCGUUUCAGCAUCACAGCACAGCUUUUGGUGCUUUACUACAUCCUGUCUUAUGAGGAAGCUCUCCUAGCAAACACAAAGACUUUAGCUGCUAUGCAAAGAAAGCCAAAAUCAUAUUCGGCCUCUUUAAUGGAUCAGAUUCCUAUCAAAUUCCUUAUUCGACAGGCUCAAGGGCUGCAACAGGAGUUGGGAGGGUUGCAUUCUGCUUUACUCCGUCUCCUUGCAACUAACUACCCACAUUUAUGCAUUGUGGACGAUUGGAUCUGUGAAGAAGAAAUCACAGGCACUGGUGCCCUGCUAAGGCGAAUGCUCCUGACUAACAAUGCCAAAAACCACUCUCCGGAACAGCUCCAAGAAGCAUUUUCAGCUGUCCCAGUAAGCCACACACAAGUGAUGCAGAUUUUAGAACACUUGACUCUACUCUCUGCUAGUGAACUCAUACCAUAUGCAGAAGUAUUAACAUCCAAUAUGAACCAGCUGUUGAAUGCAGGGGUUCCUCGGCGAAUUCUUCAAACAGUCAAUAAACUAUGGAUGGUUCUUAAUACUGUGAUGCCUAGAAGGUUGUGGGUAAUGACAGUCAAUGCACUUCAACCUUCAAUAAAGUUUGUUCGACAACAAAAGUAUACUCAGAAUGACUUGAUGAUAGAUCCUCUCAUUGUUCUAAGAUGUGAUCAGAGGGUACACAGAUGCCCCCCAUUGAUGGAUAUUACUCUACACAUGUUGAAUGGAUAUCUUCUUGCAUCCAAAGCUUACCUUAGUGCUCAUCUGAAGGAAACAGCAGAGCAGGAUAGGUUUUCCCAGAAUAAUACAUUAGGUUUAGUUGGACAAACUGAUGGCCCAGAAGUUACUAGAGAAGAACUGAAAAAUGCAUUACUGGCUGCUCAGGAUAGUGCAGCUGUUCAGAUUCUCUUGGAGAUUUGCUUACCUACUGAAGAGGAGAAAGCAAAGGGUGUCAAUCCAGACAGCUUGCUAAGGAAUGUUCAAAGUGUUAUUACUACCAGCACUCCAAAUAAGGGAAUGGAAGAAGGAGAAGACAAUUUGCUUUGUAACCUUCGAGAAGUUCAGUGCCUUAUCUGUUGUCUCUUGCACCAAAUGUACAUUGCAGAUCCCAACAUUGCUAAGCUUGUUCACUUUCAGGGCUAUCCAUGUGAACUUUUACCUUUGACCGUCGCAGGCAUACCAUCUAUGCACAUCUGUCUGGAUUUCAUACCUGAACUUAUUGCACAGCCAGAACUUGAAAAACAGAUAUUUGCUAUCCAGUUGCUUUCUCAUUUGUGUAUCCAGUAUGCAUUACCAAAGUCACUCAGUGUGGCUCGCUUAGCUGUCAAUGUCAUGGGAACUUUGCUGACAGUUUUAACACAGGCUAAGCGAUAUGCUUUUUUCAUGCCAACUCUGCCAAGUUUGGUCUCUUUUUGUCGAGCAUUUCCUCCACUGUAUGAGGAUAUUAUGUCUCUGCUGAUCCAAAUAGGGCAAGUCUGUGCCUCCGAUGUUGCCACUCAGACAAGAGACAUUGAUCCAAUUAUUACACGUCUUCAACAAAUAAAGGAGAAACCAAGUGGAUGGUCUGGAAUCUGUAAAGAUUCAUCUUACAAAAAUGGAUCCAGGGACACUGGAAGCAUGGAUCCUGAUGUACAGCUCUGUCAUUGUAUUGAAAGCACAAUAAUUGAAAUAAUAAACAUGAGUGUUAGUGGAAUUUAA